AUGUCAUUCAGUUCUUCCCCCAAUUCAUUUCACUAUCCAAAAGUUCACCCUAGCAAUAAUAGUGGGAGUGAUUACACGCAUCAGCUUCCUACGCACCAAAUGCAACCUCUCGCAGAGCAGGGUACUUCGAGAUCCAAUUCCCUAUACAUGGGAGAUCUGGACCCCAACUGGGACGAAAACUCCAUCCGCACAGUUUGGGCUUCUCUAGGUGAGCCCAAUGUUCAAGUCAAAUUGAUUCGGAAUGCAGGCCCUAUCGCGGGUAAUUCCGGUUACUGUUUUGUCGAGUUCCCUUCACAUCUGAACGCAUCCAACGCGUUGCUGAAAAAUGGUCUUUUGAUUCCUAAUACUGCUAACAGACUUUUGAAACUCAACUGGGCUACCUUUGCCACCACUCCUGGCAACGAGCACUCCAUUUUCGUGGGUGAUCUCGCCCCGAACGUAAGUGAAGCCCAGCUGUUUGAGCUUUUUAUCUCGAGAUACGCCUCGACGCUAAAUGCUAAAAUUGUCUUCGAUCAAAUGACUGGCGUCUCUAAGGGAUACGGGUUUGUGAAAUUUGGUCAAGAAUCAGAACAGCAGAGGGCGCUUGUGGAAAUGCAAGGUGUUUUUCUAAACGGGAGAGCCAUAAGAGUUAGUACCACGUCAAAAAACAGACUCAAGUAUCCACCACAGCAGCAGCAGCAACAGCAGCAGCAACAGCAGCAGCAACAGCAACAGCAGCAGCAACAAGGUUAUUCGCAGCAGUAUCAAAUCUCUCAAGUUAGUGGUGGCCAGUUGCAGUCUCAAUUCACAUAUCCUGUUCAACAGCAGCCAACUCUCAAUCAAUACACAGAUCCCAAUAACACAACGGUAUUCAUUGGCGGGCUAUCAUCCUUAGUUACGGAAGAUGAAUUACGCGCCUAUUUUCAACCUUUCGGUUCAAUUGUCUAUGUCAAGAUUCCAGUCGGGAAGGGAUGUGGGUUUGUUCAAUAUGUUGAUAGGCUCUCCGCAGAGACAGCCAUCUCUAAAAUGCAAGGGUAUCCAAUCGGAAACUCAAGGAUACGACUUUCAUGGGGAAGAAGCGCGAAACAAGCCGUGAUAAUGCAACAAGCUUUUACGUCAGCCGCACAGCAACGUCAGCACCCGCAAUUGCAGCAACCACAGCAACCACAGAGCCAGCCUCAGCAACUGCAGCUAUCUUCGGCCAAUUUACCGUACGAACGUCAGCCCGCUAUGCCAUCUUCGUACGGUUACUCAAGUACAUGGGAUUCUCUAAAUGGAAGCUAUUUGCCUUUUUCUCAAACUUCUUAUUCCAAUUCUAGUAACGACACGGGCACAAGCUCAUCAAGUUCGUUGCUUGCCGGUCUGAGUAAUUUAGAGUAUUCUGGUGCUCCUACAGAUACAACAUCGAUGAGUAGCGUGUUCAGUUAUUCACCUACAUACUCAACACCUCAGUCUGCGGUGCUAGGAGCUCCUUCUCGGACUGCUGAUCAAUCUGCUACUUCACUGGCACACGGAAUGUCGUCACACCCACAAUUUUUAGUGCAAGGCAACGACGUUUAUGUCAAGAGUAAGUCCGAAACAAUUGACAGAUUAGAGAAGGGGAGCAAUGGCUUCAUUUUUGCCUGA